UUGACAAGUCUACCGUGACGGCUUAUGUUUUUCGUAUUUUAAACCUUUUUUUGUUUGUUACUUAUUCAACAACGCACCGCCGAUCCAUCUCUCCCCAAAACUUUUUCCAGUAUCCUCUUUUCAUCACCACCAUUGUUUGCACCCUUUCAUCAUUUCCUUUUCGAAUCUAAAGAUCUGCCUUUUCUUCCGAUUGAAAGACUAUUUUUGCUGAUUCUGCAGUGGAGCUUGUUGUUCAACGAUGGUGUUCUACAGAAGUGUUUCGCUUCUUUCUAAGCUGAGAAAUCGUGUUGUUCAACAGCCUAGUCUGACCAAUUCAGUAAGGUGGCUACAAAUCCAGACCUCAUCUGACCUUGACCUUCAUGCUCAACUUAAGGAAUUGAUUCCAGAACAACAGGAGCGCCUAAAAAAGAUUAAAUCAGAAUAUGGAAAAGUUCAACUUGGUAACAUCACUGUUGAUAUGGUACUUGGUGGGAUGAGAGGAAUGACAGGUUUACUAUGGGAAACAUCCUUACUUGAUCCAGAUGAGGGAAUUCGAUUCAGGGGUCUCUCUAUACCUGAAUGUCAGAAAGUAUUGCCAGCAGCAAAGCCUGGUGGAGAACCAUUGCCUGAGGGUCUUCUAUGGCUUCUUUUGACAGGAAAGGUUCCAACUAAAGAACAAGUGGAUGCUUUAUCCAAGGAACUUCGAAGUCGUGCAACUAUUCCAGAUCAUGUGUAUAAAACAAUCGAUGCCCUACCUGUAACAGCUCAUCCAAUGACUCAGUUUACAACUGGUGUUAUGGCUCUUCAGGUACAAAGUGAAUUUUCAAAAGCAUAUGAAAAGGGUAUCCAUAAAUCCAAAUACUGGGAGCCUACAUUUGAAGACUCUCUUUCAUUAAUUGCUCAAGUUCCAGCUGUAGCUGCAUAUGUCUAUCGCAGGAUUUACAAAGGUGGAGAAAGGAUACCUGUAGAUGACACUUUGGAUUAUGGUGGAAAUUUUGCACAUAUGCUUGGAUUUGAUGGACCUGAAAUGCAAGAACUUAUGAGGCUUUAUGUUACUAUUCAUAGUGAUCAUGAAGGUGGAAAUGUCAGUGCUCAUACUGGUCAUCUUGUUUCAAGUGCUCUCUCGGAUCCUUAUCUUUCAUUUGCUGCAGCAUUGAAUGGUCUAGCUGGACCCCUUCAUGGUUUGGCCAAUCAGGAAGUUUUGCUAUGGAUAAAGUCUGUGGUGGCUGAAUGUGGAGAGAAUGUAACCACUGACCAAUUGAAAGACUACAUCUGGAAAACCCUCAACAGUGGCAAGGUUGUUCCUGGAUUUGGACAUGGUGUUCUUCGAAAAACAGAUCCCAGAUACAUGUGUCAACGUGAAUUUGCAUUGAAACAUUUGCCUAAUGAUCCUUUAUUUCAAUUGGUUUCCAAACUUUUUGAUGUGGUUCCACCAAUUCUAACUGAACUUGGCAAGGUGAAGAACCCAUGGCCCAAUGUUGAUGCUCAUAGUGGGGUGUUGCUUAACUACUAUGGUUUAACAGAAGCAAGAUACUACACUGUUCUUUUUGGUGUCUCAAGGGCAAUUGGAAUCUGUUCUCAGUUGAUAUGGGAUAGAGCUCUUGGGUUGCCAUUGGAGAGGCCAAAGAGUGUUACAAUGGAAUGGCUUGAAAACAAGUGCAAGAAGUGAAAAAAAAUCUUUCGAGAUUUUAAACCAAAAAAAGUUUUCAUUUCAUUUUUUUUUUAAUAAAUAAAUCCAAAUAAUAAGAAUUGUUGUAGAUACGAUAUACGAAAAGAUUUGAUACUAGUCUGGUUAUUUGGAGAUACACUUUACAAAGCAUGCGGAUAGUUUGUGUAUUUGAGUACUAUUGUAUGGUUACGUGGCACACUUACUUUGAUGUAGUAAAUUUACAAUUUUAUCCACAUGUAUUUCCAGUUUUGCCU